CAUUUUUCAAUCAUUAAAACGACUGACUUAUAUAAAACAGAAUAGGUAUAUGAAAUAAAUACUAAAAUAUGAAGUUCUCCAAUUCAAUGCUGAUCUGCCUUUAUGGAUUGGUAAUAUGCGACUGGAUAUUGGCCGCUCCCCAACCUAAGUGCAAGCUGGACCAGACUAUUAAUCCUUCGGACUACGACCCCGUUGAUCUGACUGAAGAUCCCAUAAUUUCUGCUGAAGUAAAAGCAUUGGAAAAUCAAGUGGAGCUUGUCAAUUCGCUACUACUUUGGCCGUUUCAGUUUCUCGGUAAUCAAAUAAGAGAGCAGUUUGAAAUACUGCGGCAUAAUACAGCGGUACUUAUCGACUUGGAACGUCGUAACUUCAAGAUUCAAAGGGAGAAGGAAGGCUUUGAGUCGGAAAUGGAUGACCAGGAAGAUGAAGACCAAAUGGAGUCCUACGAGGAUAAGGAGCCGAAACCUUUUCGUCGACCGAGGAACAACAAGAACAUCACCCCUUUCGAGCCUUGGAAUAGUCCACAAUCCCCGGUUGAAAACCUUUUGCCAUUAAAGGACUAUCAUUUCACUGUCGUCGAGAUUCACCACUUCAGACUAAGCAACAAAACUGUAAUCGCCAACUACUAACUCAUAAAAAACCAAUACCUUUAGAGUACAAUGAUAUAUUAUUUUAUACAAUUUACACUAUUAACUUAAACAGCAACAUUAACUUAUCUGGUAAAUAGGCUUU